GGUGCAGGGAGAAUUCUGCAGUUUUUGGACUCGUGAUUCAUUCACUUCCACUAAUUUUGCUGAAGGUAGUUAGCAAAAGUGAACAGGCACACUGUAGCUUUAAAAAGUCAGCCAUGAACCAGAAGGCAGUUGGUGCAGCUUGUGUGUGAUUCCUAACGUCAUGUUGGCUGAGAGCCAGCCUGGUUUUAUUUCACUGUGUCAAAUUGUACCUCCUUAUUGAAUUCCUUUGCCAGCCUACUUUGUGAAAGAAAACAUUGGGGUUUCUUUGGCUGUUCUUGAUAAGCCUAUAAAAAAUGACAUGUUUUAGUUGCUUCUAGAAAAUGGUGAAUAUGUAACAGUUUCCAACUGAAGUGAAAUCAUUCUUUUGGCAUGGAGCAGCAGCACUAUCUUCUGUCUACUCUGUUACGUUGCUGAAGUAAAGGAACCCUGCAGCCUUCCCAUGCUAUCUGUUGACAUGGAAAACAAGGAAAAUGGCUCUGUCGGUGUAAAAAACUCCAUGGAGAAUGGGAGGCCACCCGAUCCUGCAGACUGGGCUGUGAUGGAUGUCGUCAAUUAUUUCCGAACAGCGGGAUUUGAGGAGCAAGCUAGUGCUUUUCAGGAACAGGAAAUUGAUGGAAAAUCCCUGCUAUUGAUGACAAGAAAUGAUGUGUUGACAGGACUUCAGUUAAAAUUGGGGCCUGCUCUGAAAAUCUACGAGUAUCAUGUAAAACCUCUGCAGUCAAAGCAUUUAAAGAACAACUCUUCAUAGUACAGUCAAAUUGGGGUCUUAGACCUCAAAAAAUACAUAAUGACAUAAUUUAGUUUCAUGUGAUGAAACUUUGUUAACAGAAUACAUACAUGUGUAUUUGUAAAGAAUUUCAAUCAAAUGAAAUGUUAUCCUAUUGGAUAGACUAGGCAAUCCAUCAGCUGACCUGAAUUCAGCCAGGAGGAUCAAGGACAACAGAAUGGUUUUCAUUGUGGAGUUUGUUAAAGAGAGUGAAAAAAAUCAAUCUUUGACAUGAUUAGACACCCCUCUUCAGAAAGGCUUUGAACUCAUAAGGAUUUUCUUCAUUUCUUCAUAGAUUGCUUUCCCAAAAUCCUUAAAAAAGAAUUUAAUGGAAUGAUCAUCUUUUGGUUACAGACUUGGGGAGGGGGAGAAAAGAGAACGGGAUGGCCGUCGCCCUUGAAUUCCUCUGCUUCUUAGUGCUUGUUAUUUGGAUGGAAUUGCCAACACCCUUUUUUAUAGAGGGUCCUCACUUGACCUUAUUAAGGUUUCACUGGGAUAUGCUGCGAUGUUUGAAGUGAACGUGUAUCAUGGCCCCUUCAGGAGCAGAGCUAUAGCUCUGAAAAAAGAAACUCUGUUGUAUAUUGGGGGUAACCAUCCAUAUUCAGUUAGAUGUCACAGGGGGCACUGAUAUUUUCUGCAUAAAAUUACUUUUAAAUUGGGCCUUUGUUUCAAAGAAAACAUUUUAUCAUUCUAUGGUUUGUAUUUAUAAUAAUUUGUUUCUGAAGAAAUUUGCCAGGAGACACAGAUCAAAAAGCCUUGUUACUAGUACAGAAUAUUUUUAUAUCUAUUCCUUCAGGAUGGUGUAAUAUUUUUUUAAUUGCUCUGAUGCUUUGUUUGAUUCUUGGUUCGAGUACUUGUUUUUAAGAACUUGAAGAAGUGAGCUUGUUACAUCUCUGUUCAAAGAGACAUUUGUUCAAUCUCUGUGUGUCAAUGCCUUGUUAGAUUGGUGCUUUGUGGUUGCAAUAAAGCAUUGCUUCAGUUU